ACCACAAAAAGAAAAAAACGAAACGAAAAAUAAAAAGACAGGGGAAACUGGAAAGACUUCCCCCCAUCAAAAUGAAAUGUAUUUUAAAAUAAAAAAACCCUAAAAAACUCCCAAAAACUCUCAGGUACGAGCUUUCCAAAAAUCGAGCCUGAAUUCUUCAGGUUUUGAAUUGAAUUUCGAUUCACUGGAAGACUCGAUUUUACUAUAAACUUUCCGAAAUUAGACGGAGUUUAUUGUUGAUCAGAGCUAAAUUGCUGAUUUUGUGCCGAUUAAAUAUUUUACUGUUGUGAAGAUGGGGCAUCAUCGUCCGAAUACUCGCAGUAAAAAUAAAAGGAAUAGACCGGAUGAUUCUGCUGAGGCUACUGCGGAAAUUUUCAGAAACAUUCUAUCUACCAGCCAAGUGACGGAAGAUGAUGUUAAUCAGCUAUACAUGAUAUCGAAACCUGCUUGCCAAGGAUGUCGUGUCAACACCAAGGAUAAUCCUAAUUGCUUUUGUGGAUUGAUUCCACCACCAAAUGGUAGUCGCAAAUCUGGGUUAUGGCAGAAGACAUCUGAAGUAGUCAAUGCUCUUGGUCCUGAUCCUUCAGAUGAUCGUCGUGCAUCCCCAGAGACACCUGCUGGCUUGACAAAUCUGGGUGCGACAUGCUAUGCUAACAGUAUUCUGCAAUGCCUGUACAUGAAUAAGUCAUUCAGGAAGGGUGUAUUCUCUAUUGAACCAGAUGUUUUGAAACAACAACCUGUGUUAGACCAACUAGCACGACUAUUUGCAAAGUUACAUUUGAGCAAAAUGGCUUAUGUUGAUUCUGCUCCAUUUAUCCAAACUCUAGAGCUAGAUAAUGGUGUUCAGCAGGAUAGUCAUGAGUUUCUGACCUUGCUCUUCUCUCUGCUUGAGCGAUGUUUGAGCCGGUCUAGCGUGUUGAAGGCCAGAACAAUUGUCCAAGAUCUUUUCCGCGGAGGUGUGUCACAUGUGACUAAGUGCUCAAAAUGUGGAAAUGAAUCUGAAGCUUCAUCAAAAAUUGAAGACUUCUAUGAACUGGAGUUGAAUGUCAAGGGUAUGAAGAGUUUAGACGAGAGUCUGGACGACUAUCUUAGUGUGGAGGAGCUUCAAGGAGAUAAUCAAUAUUAUUGUGAUUCAUGUGCCACCCGAGUUGAUGCUACCCGUAGCAUUAAACUGCGCUCUCUGCCUGCAGUCCUAAAUUUCCAGCUCAAGCGUUGCAUUUUCCUUCCAAAUACUACAACGAGGAAGAAAAUCACAUCUGCAUUUUGUUUUCCUGAAGAAUUGAAUAUGACACGGAGGAUAUCUGAGCAUUUCCAAUCAGAACUAAUAUAUGACUUGUCAGCCAUAUUGAUCCACAAAGGCUCUGCUGCAAAUAGUGGCCACUAUGUCGCGCACAUUAAAAAUGAGAAUACACAGCAGUGGUGGGAAUUUGAUGAUGAACAUGUUUCGAAUUUAGGCUGUCAGCCAUUUGGUAAAGGUUCUUCACAUUCUGCUGUCAAGCCUUCUCAAACUGAGCCACUUGACCACUCUUCUUCUGAUGCAAUUAAUAUCCUCGAGAAUGGAAAUGGGCCUGCUGCUGGUGGGCAGCAGCAAGCCUCAAAUACUGAUGUCACUGAGGUGAAGACCUUCUCGUCUUGUGAUGCUUAUAUGCUGAUGUACGUCCUUAGACAUACAAAGAGUGGUGAUAAAAUGUCAAUUGACUCUAGUGAUGAUAAGGCAAAAAAAGAGGCUUGUACAUCUUCAGAAGCUGAUAGUCAUCUUCCAUCCCACCUUUAUGAGGAGGUAGAAACAUUGAAUGACUCAUAUAUAGACUCAUGUAACCGAUACAAAUCUAGGAAGGAGUCUGAACUGAACUGCAUCACUGAGCGGAGGCAGGAGGUACGUUCAAUCCUUUCUAAAGCUGCAGUCCAAUCACCUGAAAAAUCUUACUUUUGGAUAUCUAUGGACUGGCUGCGUCAAUGGGCGGACAACAUCAUGCCAUCAAUCAUUGACAAUACUUCCUUACAAUGCACACAUGGGAAAGUACCAGUUUCAAAGAUUGGCUCUAUGAAGCGGUUGUCUGAUGAAGCUUGGACCAUGUUAUUCUCUAAGUACGGUGGAGGACCAAUGCUGGCCAAAGAUGAUUACUGCAUUGACUGCCUCUUUGAAGUGGCUCGGUCGAUGGCCCGUGCAGAUAACUACCGGGAUCGAAGAACAUUAAUGAAAGAACUUGCAGAAGCAGCACUUGCAGGGGUUUGUCUAGAUGGGAAGUUGUACUACAUAUCAAAGACAUGGUUACAGCAGUGGCUCCGACGGAAGAAUGUAGACUCUCCUUGUGAUGCUGAUGCUGGACCAACAGCUUCAAUAAGGUGUCCACAUGGACAGCUGAUGCCUGAACAGGCUGCUGGGGCUAGGCGUGUGCUAAUACCCGAGAGUCUUUGGAAUUUUAUUCGUGAGAUUGCUAUGGCAGUAAAACCUGAUGACGCUGUGGGUUGUUCAACUUUCAUUUUAGACUCUGAGCCCUGUGCUCAAUGCAACAGUCAACUCACCGAAGUUGCAUGCUUAGAAGAUACUCUAAGGGGGUUCAAGCUCAAGCAACGGCAAAGUCAUGAGAGAUUAGCAAUGGGUAAAAGCAUACCAAUUCUUCCUGGUUCCAAAUACUUCUUGUUACCAUCUUCUUGGUUGUCUAAAUGGAAAAGCUACUCUAAUGCAAGUGGCAAAAGUGCUCCUUGUGCUGAACCUGAAACUUUGGAUGCCGUCAUUGAUUUGCUGAUGUGUGAAAAGCAUUCAAGACUUCUUGAAAGGCCUCCUGAUCUGGUCUGCAAACGUGGAAGUAUUCUCCAAAAGUCACCUGCUACAGAUGCAUUGGCAAUUAUCACCGACAACGAUUGGAAAUUGUUUUGUGAAGAUUGGGGUGGUACAGAGGCAAAAGGCAUUACAGCUGAAAUUGAUUGUUUGGGGAAUGAUUUCCUUGGAUCUAGUGAAGAUAUGGCAAUUUCUGAGGAGCAUAUGAAUUUGAGCGACGAAUCGAAUGCUGGGUCUGAGUCUAGAAAACCCAUCAUUAAGAUUUCACCAGAGGUGUGUGAGGAGUGCAUUGAUGAAAGGAAAAGCUGUGAAUUAAUGAGGAAGCUCAAUUAUUCCGAUGAGGAUAUAUGUGUCUGUUUCAUUCGUGGCAAGGAACCUCCAAAAUCAGUUCUAGAAGCAUCAGUGAACAGCUUGGAACCAAAUCGACGGACUUCAAAGCGUUCCAGGAAAACAGCAUUUGGAAACUCAGUAAACUUGAAUGUGUCUGGGUCCACAUCUGUCUACCAGCUGAAGAUGAUGAUAUGGGAAGCUUUUGGGAUUGUCAAGGAAAAUCAGGUACUUCACAAAGGUUCUCUGGUUAUUGAUAGUGAAUCUGCUUGUCUUGCUGACAUGAAUAUAUUCCCCGGAGAUGUAUUAUGGGUUACAGAUUCGGAGAUUCAUGAGCAUCGUGAUAUUGCAGAUGAGCUUUCUGGCCAGAAAACGGAGGCACAAAACACUGAAGAAGGUUUUCGUGGAACACUUCUGUCCUCGAGUAUCUCAUCCCACUUUGUCUCUGAAGCAUCUGCAUGCCUAAAUUAAUCAGCGUGUACUUGUAUAGUAUAGCUGUCGUUGAUAUUUGAUUCUGGAAGAGUAGAGCUAAAAUCUUCAACCUGCUUAACGGAGAUAAUCAGAUUGGCUCACUUUUUUACGUUGAGAGUACGCCCUGUUUUGUAUAACCUUUCGUGUUAUUAGCUCCUUUACAAAGUCUGCUUGCAGAUAAGGCGAUGGAUCUCCUAGUGCAAGUUACUGUGUAGAGAUUAGUAUGAUUUUGGUUUUUGACUUUAAGCCACUUGGUGCCCAAGCAGUUGAUGUAUUAUUCCUUUCACCUUCUUGGCUGCCCUUUAGUCAAGCAAGUUGUAGCUCUGUAAGGCCAGGUCUGGUUCAUGGUCCUAAUUUUGGGACAGUUUUGUGCAUUGUGUAGGACCGAUUCCUUUGCUUUUGUGAAUAGUGGAAGACUGAAGAGGCAGUCAAUAGUACAUGUCAUACAUGUAUGUAAGUUGUAUCUGAUAUUAUUCUUGGUUCCUUGAGGUGAAAUAUGGGUUUUGACA